UUGUACGAUCAGUUUCCCUACAUACUAAGUAAACAUGUAAGAAAAGUAAAUAUAGUUUGCCAGAUAGACCAACCUUGAACUAGGUGACUUUAGUAGACAUUAACUUAUUAAAUUUCUCCUGGUCUCCAAGACGAACUUUGUACCUGUGACAACUGGCAGCUGAUGCAAGAUAGGGAAUUGAGUCUAUAAAAGUCUAGCUGAAAGGUUUGGAAAAUUCAUUCAGGAGUCCACCACCUUCCACGAAUGCCUACUAGCAAUUGGCAGCCUAUCCAAAGAAGAUGCAGUGUUUGAAAGUUACAGCUGUCUUAUUACUUUGUGCAGCCCUACUUACCCAGAUACACUGUGCUUCCUUGCAUCAUCCAAGCUCUCAGCUAACAAGACAAAGGAGGAUGACACCUUUCUGGAGAGGGAUUUCCCUCAGACCCAUAGGAGCCAAAUGCAGGGAUGAUAGUGAAUGUGUCUCUAUGCUAUGCAGGAAGACUCGCUGUUCCCUAAGAAUUUCCCGUGAGUGAGCUGUCACUAAGGAGAAGAAAAUAUUGUUACCUCUUACAAUGUUCAACCUUAUAUAUAAAAUAUUUAUUAACUAUUCUUAAGUUAGGACAUUUUGAAUUAUGCAAUUGCAUAUAUUUAAUAUUUUUCAGACAAACGUGAUAUAUGAAAUGAUGUAGGGCAUUUCAUGAAAGCUGAAAGCAUGCACUGGUCUAGACUGCACCUUCUGAUGACAAGCUCAAUAAAAGACCUUGCAUCUUAGGUUUUUUUUUUUUUUUUUUUUUUAAAUUGUUCACAUUGUAUGUUUUUUUCUAUAUGAUAAACAAAGAUUUGUAUUUAGCAAACAGA